AUGUGCCUAGAAGCUGGAGCUGUAAUUGUCUAUGCUGUGGACUUUGUAGUUCAAAACCUCACCCCAAGACAUGACCCAAAGACUCCUAAACAUCUGCAUGCCGUCAGUGAUUGUGAAAGAGGGGAUUUGCAUGGAAGUAUUCAAGACAGUGUCCUACUUGAAUCUCCACAAAAUCAAGGUUUUGUCAAAAUGGAUGAGGCUGCCAAAGACAAACUGCAACGAAUGGGCAUUCUCAGCGGAAUCGCCAUCGCUCUGCACAACAUUCCAUCAGGCAUUGCCACAUUUACAGCAGAAAUCGAAGACCCGGCAAUUGGUGCCUCCAUGGCCAUUAGUGUCGGGCUUCACAACAUCGCCGAGGGCAUCGCUAUAGCAGCUCCAGUAUGUUUUGCCACUGGCAGCAAGCGGAAGGCCGUCAUGUGCGACGGCCACGAUCCUGGUCAAGCGAUUCUUUGUGGUAUUGUCGCAGGAAUGAUGGCCACUAUUGCGAUGAAGGAGAUCUUUCCUACGGCAUACACCUAUGCAAAUGGUCGAAUCGACCUUGUCUCGAAUGGUGGACUGUUGGGUAUGGUCCUUAUGGCUUUAAAUCUCUGGUUCUUUAAACACAUGGGCAUAGUCGUGACCGACUUUCUCCAGUACUUGGAAGACCCAGAUGUCGCUGUUGCCGUGGCUGUGAUCAAAGCUUUGACUCGCGUGAUUCUUCAUAGCGAGGCUACUACUAUGAUGCAGAUGGAGGGAGAAUUACAAGGUGCAGCACAGCAGUUACGCACCUUCCAAGCUGCGGACGACCAGACAUUGACCACACGUUUUCACAAUUCCAUUGCUACUACCGCCGGUUGCCAAUUGUUCUUACGAUAUGUAACACGUUGUUUUUUGGAAUUCGAUGACUUUGAUCUCUGUCGCUCGCAACUUAUUGACCGUGGAAAGUUAUUUGCCGAGACGUCACUCUCUAGUCGUCAGCGCAUUAGUGAUGUCGGUCAUAACUUCAUUCGCGACGGCAUGAAAGUGCUGACGCAUGGCAAGUCCCGCGUUGUAAUUGCGCUGCUUCGUGAAGCUGCAAAGUCAAAGAACUUUUCUGUGUUUGUAACAGAAGGAAAAAGCACAACAUCCGGAGUUGGUACAGCAAAAGAACUCGCACAAGCGGGUAUUCCUACGACAGUAAUUCUAGACUCGGCGGUUGCGUACUAUAUGGAACAAGUUGAUAUUGUGAUCGUUGGAGCAGAAGGUGUGGUUGAAAACGGCGGAAUCGUCAACUCGAUUGGCACAUAUUCGACUGCAGUGAUUGCACAAGCGCUGAAGAAACAAUUUUACGUGGCAGCAGAAAGCUACAAGUUUGCUCGUCUGUAUCCCUUGACACAGCGUGACCUCCCGCAGAAACACAUGGCUGCAAUAUCGGGUGGCGAACUCACUGACGUAACGAUUCAAAAUGUGUCGUACGAGAGCCCGUUUUUCGACUACACUCCGCCUGGAUACAUUGCGUUGAUGUUCACAGAUUUAGGUGUUCUCACUCCGUCUGCAGUUUCCGACGAAUUAAUAAAGCUAUAUCAGUAA